CAGUAUUUGACAGUCAGGUUAUGCUCGCACUACCCACCUUUUCAACUUACAAAAGAAUUUUGUAUGAUAGCUUCUUCAUCCUAAAUCUAAUUACAUAGGGAAGCGUUGAUCUUUCUCGAUCCAAUGGGGCCAUUCGCCCUCUCGGUGCCGCCCAACCGUUUAGGUGUGCACUCACACAAGCAGCUACAUGGCACCAGACAGCGAGACGAACUGUCAAGGGCGCCAUCGCCACACGCCGACUCCGAUGUAGAAACACAUAUCUCUUCUACGUCACGCCUACCUUCAGAGACUAUAAAUCCACUCAGCCAUAGUCCGGAUACGCUACGUCAGCUGGCACUAGCCGGGCUCAGACCCGAGGAUGAGCUGCCGUCGCAAAUACACAGAAGAUUCCCUCAUGAACCACUGCCAACGAGAAGCUCAACUAAACACCGCAAGGAACCGGUGUCACUAUUUGACAGUGAUGGCGGUGCCACAAGUGGGACGGAAACCGAUGCCACCGUCACCUCCCAACGAACCAAGAAGCCGGAGAAAAUUGUCGAUGCAGCGCGACAUACAGAGCGCAUGCGCCACUUGAGCACCAUGGCAGCCAUCAUGCACCGCUGUCUCCGCGACGGCGACAUCCCGCGUGCGAAGAGAGCGUUCGGGCUCCUUCUACGAACGAGGGACGUCGACAUACGGCUCGAUGACCUCUGGGCUAUCGGAUCUGAGAUUCUCAUGCGCGACGGAGAAGAAGCCAGAGAUGAAGAAGGAACAAGCCCACCUAGCGAAGCUAAGAAGCCGUCAUCGUCAUCUCGGAGAAAAUCACGAGGGAACUUAGAUGUAGAACUUCUAGAUGACGAUGACGACGACUCGGAUUCAUCCAUAGCAGAGACGGAAGAUGAAGUAUUAGAAGAGAUAGACGAAGAAGAAAGCUCCGCCGAACAAAGAGCCCCUCGGCCACCGCAACGCUGGGGCAGCGCAGCCAACAUGGCGCAAGUAAAGCUGUACUUCGAGACCCUGGCCCAGCAGUAUCCGCACGACCCGCACCGUCCGCGGAUGCCAACGGCAGUGACCUUCUGGCCCGCGCUGUUCGGGAUCGAGCUGUACAACCUCGACGCCGAGCUGCAGAGCGCGACGCACCAGAUCUACACAGAGACCAGCUUUCCCUCCCCUUCUUCGUCCCGGUCUGCGUCUCCCGACAGGGAUGGCUUCAAAAGCGAUGGAAUGGAUAUAGAUUACGACGAGGAAGAGAGAGGGGUAGACCGAGAAGGAGGAGGAGACGGAGAAGCAUCGGCAACCCGAUACGCUGCCCUCGACGACCUGCGCGCAGCGACACAGCGCGGCGCCCUCGAGAUAACAUCGCGCAUGGACACCAUCCUCGAGAACGCGCCGUACAGCAAGCUUCCAGAGCUCCUCCGUCUGCGGGCCCACGCAGCCCUUUUCAUCGGAGAUCUCCACUUGUCCUCGCGCUUCGUUGAACGAUGUCGACGACGCGAACAGCAUGAAGGGGGUGGUGCGGGUGGUAUAUCACUGCGGCAAGCAGAGCGACGGCUCAAGGCACACGUCAAGACCCCCGAGGAACACGUGGCACUGGCCAGACGCGGCGAGGAGCAGGAACGGGCCAGGGGGUUCUUCAGACGUGUUGUGGAGGCUAAGGGGAGGUUGGAAGACUGGGUUUUGCGGUCCCUGGACGAAGAUGAUGAGGAAGAGGAGUGAAGAAUGGGGGGGGUGAGUGGGUGGAGAGGAUUGAGCAUGAGGAAUAUAUUGUAUCGUGACUGUUACAAUGGCUUGAGAGGUCUGAUACCGUUUCCUUCAGCGUCACCGUCUUAAUAUCGUCUUACCAUACCUAAGAACAGAAUAGAUCGUCUCAGCAUGUGCAGUUGUGAAAUGAUUCUAACCCCGUCUAUAAACACUUUGCCAGAAAGCCAUCACAUCGCAUCGAGAGCUACGAGCGCUCCGUUCAAAAGUAAAUUCCUGUUCC